GAAUAUUUUCCAUUUCAUAUUAUCUUACAACUUUUCUCCGUUAAAAUGAAAUAUUAACUAAAAAAAACAUCGAAACGCAUAAUUGUUGAUUGACACAGUGGUGUCGAUUACAAACCGUUGAAUAUUGUAAUAUUAAAGAAAAAAGCUUUUCGUUUCAAUGAGAAUAGGUUGUAACUUUUAUGCAGAUAUGUACUCGCACAUUGUUACGAAUCGAUUUGUAGAAUUUGAAAUGAAAUAAAUAUUCGUUUAUUUUUUGUAAGUUCUCAGAAAAUUUUAAACUUUAUCGAACAAUUGGAUAUGCUAUAUUCGGUCUAUCAGGAAAUUUUCGGUUGUCAAACUGGGCGAUCAACUAUUUCGACCGUGAGCGUAGCGGAUAGUGUCAACAAGCAUCCACUCGGGAAGAAUGGGAGAAGCUUCUCAAAGCGCACGAACCACGCAGUAUCGAGGUUAUAAACUCAAAAUAGUUCCUUCAGAGAACAAACCGUAGUUUUUCUGCACUUAUUAAGAGUCUUCGGAGUUAAUGUUACCAAGUUAAUUCAGAUAUCGAUGUGUGUAUAUGACACAUGAAAUUGAAUAGAACUUGACCUUUACUCAUUUUGAAGGUAUCAAAACAUGAAGGAUCCGUGUGACAGACGUGGCUGCAUAAUAAUGUAGUUGAAGACGUAUUGAAAUUUUCCUCUGCAAAAUAGCUGAAGCAGGAAUGAUAAUUGGAAAAAGAUUUGACUAUGGUGGAAAAUUCGUGUGCUGUCAAAUAAAUAUCAUCGCAAUAAGAUCGCAAUAUCGAUAAAUCCGUAGAAUUCGUAUCGCAAGAAAAUUUCAACAAUGUCGUGUAUGCUUGUACAACAAUUUGUUCAAAGACUUAAAUCCAGAAAUGAAGAAGCACGUAACAAAGCAGCGAGAGACUUGUGUCUCUACGUUAAAACGGAAUUGCGAGAAGCAUCGCAGGAAGAAAUUACAGCGUUUAUGGAUGAAUUUAACCACCAUAUAUUCGAAAUGGUAUCUGGAUCGGAUGUGAACGAGAAGAAAGGAGGUAUAUUGGCCAUAGUUUGCCUUAUCGGUGCAGACGUAGGAAACAUUAACACGAGAACUAUAAGGUUUGCAAAUUAUUUAAGAAAUCUGUUACCUUCGAACGAUGUGGGUGUUAUGGAACUGGCUGCUAAAACUGUCGGGAAGUUAGCGUUAGUUUCAGGUACCUAUACGGCAGAGUAUGUAGAAUUUGAAGUGAAACGUGCCUUCGAAUGGCUGGGUGGAGAUAGACACGAAGGUAAAAGACAUGCUGCUGUUCUUGUUUUAAGAGAACUAGCUGUAUCUAUGCCGACAUAUUUUUUUCAACAAGUGACUCCAUUUUUCGAACUUAUAUUUAACGCUAUACGUGAUCCAAAACCUGUGAUAAGGGAAGGUGCUGUAGAAGCAUUGCGUGCCGCUUUGGUUGUUACCGCGCAGAGGGAAACGGCGAAACAGAUGCACAAAUCGCAGUGGUACAAACAAUGCUACGAUGAAAUAGUAGCAGGAUUCGAGGAAAUGUAUACCAGAGAAAGAGGAGUAAACAAGGAUGACAGAGUACACGGUUCGUUGUUGAUAUUAAACGAGUUACUUAGGUGCAGUAAUGUUCAAUGGGAAAGAAAUUACGAAGGUUUAAUGGAACGAUUAAACUGUUCCACGCAACAAAACGAAAACGAUAUACUGUCAUUGAUGCCACGGUUGAAAACAACUAUAGUAUCCAAAUGGUCCAGUUCUUCUCAAAAUUCAGCCAAUUCCCAACAAACGUUGUACCCGGCUCAUGAAUCCGCAGUUUGCCGUUGUUUGAUGCAAGAGAGAUUGGACGAUAUUUAUAAUGAUGUAAUGAGUCAAAGAAUGUCUAGAAAUCCACACAUUCAACAUGCUCUGAUGAUGUUGUUGCCAAGACUCGCUGCAUUCAAUAAAGAGAAAUUUACAAAAGAUCAUUUAAAGGAAUCAUUAUCGUACCUGUUGAUGACAUUGCGCAGCAGAGAAAAGGAUAGGUACGCCGCGUUUACGACAAUUGGAUUUAUAGCAGUCGCGGUGGAAGAUUCGAUAAAUCCGUAUCUCUCUAAAAUUAUGGAAGUGAUUAAGAAUUUAUUGCCGUCUAAAGAAACGUCUGCCAAGAAACGCGGUACAUCUUUGGAGCCUGCAGUAUUUGUGUGUAUAACACUGCUUGGACAUGCCGUGAAACAAGUGAUAGCCGCGGAUGUGAGAGAUUUACUGGAAUCCAUGUUAACAACCGGAUUAAGCUCGAUUCUUACGAUUUCUCUCCGAGAAUUAGCUCACAGCGUUCCAUCGUUAAAACCUGACAUAUCUCAAGGGCUGUUAAGAAUGUUAUCUCAGGUCCUAAUGCAGAAACCGUUGAGGCAUCCUGGCGCGCCAUGGACCACGACCAGUCCCAUUUCCGCAGCACCGACGGAAGUGGAUAUUCCGUCCACGGUAUUAGCAUUGAAGACUCUUGGGACAUUUAAUUUCGAUGGAAACCCGCUUCUACAGUUUGUGCGACGAUGCGCGGAACAUUUCCUUACCUUCGAACAAGCAGAAGUGCGAUUGGAAGCUGUGAGAACGUGUUCAAGGUUAUUAAGACUGGCGUUAAACCAACCGGGACCUACAGUAACGAAUACUGUCUCUACCGUUCUUGGGAAAUUGUUGGUUGUAGGUAUCACAGACACCGAUUCCGACGUGCGAAUGUGGGUUCUUGCCUCUCUGGACGAUUCUUUCGACAUUCAUCUGGCACAAGCAGAAAAUCUGUCUGCAUUAUUCAUCGCGAUGAACGACGAGAUGUUCGAGAUCAGAGAACUGGCGAUUCGCACGAUUGGAAGACUGAGUACCAUGAAUCCAGCUUACGUAAUGCCCUCUUUACGUAAAACACUUAUACAAUUCUUAACGGAGUUGGAGCAUUCUGGUAUGGGUCGCAACAAGGAGCAGGCCGCUCGUAUGCUAGAUCACUUGGUCGUUAGCGCGCCAAGACUUAUACGGCCAUACAUGGAGCCCAUUUUGAAAGUUCUCGUUCCGAAGCUGAAGGAGCCUGAAUCGAACCCUGGGGUGAUUUUAGCGAUACUACGUGCUAUCGGUGACUUGGCGGAAGUUAACGGUGCUGAAAUGCAACAAUGGAUGCCGGAACUGUUAUCUAUACUGCUCGAAAUGCUGGUGGACGCCAGUUCUCCAGAAAAAAGGGGAGUCGCGUUAUGGGUUCUGGGCCAGUUGGUUGGAAGUACGGGGCAUGUUGUGAAACCGUACAUGCAGUAUCCCUCGUUGUUGGACGUACUGAUAAACUUCUUGAAAACCGAGCAGCAACCUAUCAUCAGGAGGGAAACCAUAAGAGUGCUCGGAUUGUUGGGUGCUUUAGACCCGUACAAGCAUAAAAUGAACCUUGGCCAAAUAGACUCUCAACUGGACACGCUCACUUCUAUGGCUGAUACCAAGAGCGAAACCGAAAACACACAAGACUUGACUACCAGCGAGAUGUUGGUGAACAUGUCUUCGUCUACUUUGGAAGAGUACUAUCCAGCGAUCGCCAUAGCAACGCUCAUGAGGAUUAUUCGUGAUCCAACGUUAUCGCAACACCACACCAUGGUGGUGCAAGCGGUGACGUUCAUAUUUAAGAGUUUAGGGAUCAAGUGCGUGCCGUACAUCUCUCAGGUGAUGCCCAGCUUCCUGAACGUUGUUAGAACGGCUGAUGUUAACUUUCGCGAGUACCUGUUCCAACAAUUAGCCAUUCUAAUCGCCAUCGUGAAGCAACACAUUCGAAACUAUUUGGACGAUAUAUUCAAUCUGAUCAAAGAGUUCUGGACCGUGAACAGUCCGCUGCAAAGUACGCUGAUACUUUUGGUCGAGCACAUCGCGGUUGCGUUAGGCGCAGAAUUCAAGAUUUAUUUGCCGCAACUAAUGCCGCAAAUAUUAAGAGUACUGACGCACGACACCAGCAAGGAUAGAUCCGUUACGGUGAAGCUUCUUCAAGCGCUCCAGAAAUUUGGAAAUAAUUUAGACAACUACCUACAUUUGGUGUUACCGCCGAUAGUCAAGUUGUUUCAUACAACCGAGUGUCCAACGACCGUGAACAAGGUAGCCCUAGAAACGAUCGACCACUUGGCAGACACACUGGACUUUACGGACUUUGCGUCCAGAAUUGUACACCCUUUGGUACGAACUCUCGAUCAAUGCCCGGAACAACGAGUCACAGCGAUGGAUACGUUAUGCGCGCUGGUGAUUCAGUUGGGGAAGAAGUAUCAGAUCUUCAUACCCUUGGUGCAGAAAAUUAUGACGAAACACAAGAUUAUUAAUUCGCGUUACGAUGUUCUGAUCGACAAGAUUUUAACGGAAACCACCGUGACCGAUGGCGAAGAUUUUCUGUUGAUGAGACAUCGUCAUUCGAGAAAUAAAAACCGUGAUUUGUCCCUAACGUCGUCGGACACGACCACCAUAAAAAGAUUACACGUGUCAGCUUCGAACCUCCAGAAAGCUUGGACGGCGACGAGAAGAGUUUCAAAGGACGACUGGCUCGAAUGGUUGAGGAGCUUAUCGAUCGGCUUGCUCAAGGAAUCACCGUCUCCGGCGUUAAGAUCUUGCUGGGCGCUCGCGCAGACCUAUUCUCAAUUACCCAGGGAUCUAUUUAACGCGGCAUUCGUUUCUUGCUGGACGGAAUUGGACGAAACGUACAGGUCCGAGCUUAUACAGACUUUACAGCAAGCGUUGAUGGUUCCGGAUCUACCGGAGAUUACGCAAACGAUUCUGAACCUAGCAGAGUUUAUGGAACACUGCGACAAGGGGCCCUUACCGUUGGACAAUAAGAUCCUAGGGGAACGAGCAAUGCAUUGUAGGGCUUACGCGAAAGCUUUGCACUACAAGGAAGACGAGUUCCAUAAAAGUAGAAACAGCAACGUGUUCGAGUCUUUGAUUUCCAUUAAUAACAAACUUCAGCAGAAAGAAGCCGCGGAAGGGCUUCUCGAGUACGUGAUGAAUCAGAAUAAUCAGCAAGACCUGAAGGUGCAAGUACGUUGGUACGAGAAGCUGCAUAAUUGGGACAAAGCGUUGCAGCUGUACAGAGAGAGAUUGGAAGGAGAUCCGGCGGACGUUGAAUCCACUUUGGGCGAGAUGCGUUGUUUGGAAGCUCUCGGGGAGUGGGGACAGUUGCACGACGUCGCCACCAAGUACUGGUCGAAUCAAAACGACGAAAUGAAACAGAGAAUGGCUAGAAUGGCAGCGGCUGCGGCAUGGGGAUUAAGUCAAUGGGAAAGUAUGGAGAAGUACGUUUCGUUGAUACCGAAAGAUACUCAGGACGGUGCCUUCUAUAGAGCUGUUUUAGCGAUUCACGAUGAACAGUACAAUGUCGCUCAUCAGCUUAUCGACAGUGCCAGAGACUUGCUGGACACGGAAUUGACCGCCAUGGCAGGCGAAAGUUACCAGAGAGCUUACAAUGCUAUGGUAGAGGUUCAGAAACUUGCGGAAUUGGAGGAGGUGAUACAAUUUAAGCUGGUCCCAGAGAGAAGAUUAACCAUCAAGUCUAUGUGGUGGGAGAGACUCCAAGGUGGGCAAAGAAUAGUCGAAGACUGGCAGAAAAUAAUACAGGUUCACACAUUGGUGGUUUCACCUCAGGACGAUAUGUACACUUGGUUGAAAUACGCAAGCCUCUGUAGAAAGAGCGGCAGCCUGAUGCUGUGUCAUAAGACUUUGGUCAUGUUGCUCGGAACAGAUCCGUCGUUGACUCCUGACCAGCCAUUGCCGACAACGUAUCCUCAGGUGACUUUCGCUUACUGCAAGCAUAUGUGGGUUGCCAAUAAGCGGGAGGAAGCGUACGGUCAACUUCAGAAGUUCGUGCAGACGUCUCGACAGCAGACAACCUUAACCGUGGUAAAUCAGGAAGACGAGAAGCAACAAGAGAUGAGAAAGAGGUUACUUGCCAGAUGUUAUCUGAAACUUGGCGAAUGGUUGGAAGCUUUGGAGGGCAUCAAUGAACAUUCUAUACCGGCUGUACUAUCUUACUAUGCCGCGGCUACCGAACACGAUCCAACCUGGUACAAAGCAUGGCACGCGUUCGCCUAUACCAAUUUUGAGACUGUACUGUUCUACAAGCAUCAGCAAGGUGAUUCGAACACGGAGAGUACACCGGGCAAUGGGACGCGCGGCAAUCUCUCCAGUUCACAGUACAUAUCCAAGUUCACUGUGCCGGCUGUAGAAGGAUUUUUCAGAUCGAUUAAUCUCUCUCACGGCAAUUCGUUGCAAGACACUCUUAGGUUGCUGACACUGUGGUUCGACUACGGCCAGUGGCCAGAGGUGUACGAAGCUAUCGUGGAAGGGAUCAGAUUGAUCGAAAUUAAUACUUGGUUACAAGUGAUCCCUCAACUCAUAGCGAGAAUAGAUACGCCCAGAGCCCUGGUUGGACGUUGUAUACAUCACCUUUUAAUAGAUAUCGGGAAAGCGCAUCCUCAAGCGUUAGUUUAUCCGCUGACGGUAGCAUCGAAAAGUGCUAGUCACGCUCGGAAAACUGCCGCGAACAAGAUCUUGAAAAGUAUGUGCGAGCAUAGCCCGACCCUGGUGCAACAAGCAAUGAUGGCCAGCGACGAGCUGAUAAGAGUGGCGAUCCUUUGGCACGAAUUAUGGCACGAGGGCUUAGAGGAAGCCAGCAGGCUGUACUUCGGGGAGAGAAACGUCAGAGGAAUGUUCGAUACGUUGGAGCCUUUGCACGCGAUGCUGGAAAGGGGGCCACAGACAUUGAAGGAGACGUCUUUCAAUCAAGCUUACGGCAGAGAUCUAAUGGAAGCGCAGGAAUGGUGUCACAAAUACAAAGCAUCGCGCAAUGUCCGAGAUUUGAAUCAAGCCUGGGAUCUCUAUUACCACGUUUUCAGAAGAAUAUCGAGACAAUUGCCGCAGUUGACUAGUCUGGAGCUUCAAUACGUCAGUCCAAAGUUACUCCUUUGCAGGGAUUUAGAAUUAGCCGUACCGGGAAGUUACAGUCCUGGACAACCAGUAGUCAGAAUAGCGAGUAUACAUAGCUCUAUGCAAGUGAUAACGAGCAAACAACGACCACGGAAAUUAUGUAUAAAAGGUAGCAAUGGUAAGGAUUACAUGUUCCUCUUGAAAGGGCACGAGGAUCUUAGGCAGGAUGAACGCGUUAUGCAAUUGUUUGGUCUAGUCAAUACCCUUCUGCUGCACGAUCCGGACACAUUCAGAAGAAAUCUUACCAUUCAAAGAUACGCUGUAAUUCCAUUAUCGACGAACAGUGGUCUUAUCGGUUGGGUACCGCAUUGCGAUACGUUGCACACGCUGAUCAGGGACUACAGGGAAAAGAAAAAGAUAUUACUCAACAUAGAACACAAAAUAAUGUUAAGGAUGGCUCCAGGUUACGAUCAUCUUAUGCUUAUGCAGAAAGUUGAAGUAUUCGAGCAUGCACUGGAGCAUACUCAUGGCGAUGAUUUAUCGCGUCUUCUUUGGUUGAAAUCGCCGUCGAGCGAAGUAUGGUUCGACCGACGGACAAAUUACACGCGUUCCCUCGCUGUAAUGUCCAUGGUGGGAUAUAUUCUCGGUCUGGGGGAUCGGCACCCGUCGAAUCUGAUGCUGGAUCGUCUCAGUGGAAAAAUACUACACAUCGACUUUGGGGAUUGCUUCGAAGUUGCCAUGACACGCGAGAAAUUCCCAGAGAAGAUACCGUUCAGGUUGACUCGAAUGCUGAUCAACGCGAUGGAAGUAACCGGAAUCGAAGGGACGUACAGAAGGACUUGCGAAUCGGUAAUGUCGGUGUUACAUCGAAACAAAGACAGUUUAAUGGCGGUGUUGGAGGCUUUCGUCUACGAUCCUCUUUUGAAUUGGAGAUUAAUGGACAAUGCUACACCAAAGAGCAAACGAUCCGACGCUCAAGGGAUGAGUGCCAGCAGUAAUCAAGAACACGGCGAUACAUUGGAUUCUCUUACUGCCACGUUGCCAAAGAAAGGAGUGCCAUGCAGCAUUGAGAAUGGUGGUGACACCAAUCAACCAGAAGCACUGAACAAGAAAGCCCUUGCGAUCAUAACUAGAGUCAGAGACAAAUUAACAGGCCGAGACUUUUCUCACGAAGAAACGUUGAGCGUACAGCGUCAAGUCGAUCUUUUAAUUCAACAAGCCACCAAUAAUGAGAAUUUAUGCCAGUGUUAUAUUGGAUGGUGCCCAUUUUGGUAAACAUAGUGCUAUACGUGUCCACUAACGAGUUCUACGUAAGAGGGUAACUACUCUAGGGUUCACAUGUAGCAUAAAUAUCCAUCAAGAUAUUAGAUGUGUAUUAUACGCAGUAUCGUUCCUGUCUUUGCAUUUCUAUUAUUAAGAAAUAAUCAUAACCAAAAUCACAAUAUGCAAAUACUAUUGCACAUGUAUAUAUCAACUGUAUUGCUACAUCAAUUGUAUAUACUAUUCAUGUUACUUCUGCUUACCAAGUAUAAUGUAUAUUAGAAAAUGAUGUACCUUAGAAAUUGCAUGAUAAUCGAUUACAUUUAUAGAUUAUCAUUUUUUCAAUGUAAGCAUCAAAGAAACUAUUUAAGAAAAUAAGAUCAUUCGAUACAGUAACAAUACACCGUUUCUUAAAACUUUGUACUCCUUGAAAUUUGUACAGAAACCAACAUUCGGUUGUUCGAAUAGAGUAUAAUAAAAUAUAAUAAAUAUUCAUUUAGACGCAAUAUUAUAAAUUAGAUAGUUGUAAUAUCGAGGACAACAACCUCCUAAUACAAGUCGAUGGAAUGUUGGCUCAAACGAUAUAAAUACUGUUUUAGCAAAUGAUA